GCUUGACGAACGAACAAGUCGCAUUUCUCUUCGACCAUUCUUCUCUGUUGUGACCAUGGCUGCUGCUGUGGGAGAACAGUUUCUUAAGGGGGAGACCGCCCGGAACACCCGUGGUCUGCUUCGCAUCAUAAUUCUCUGUACUAUUGCGGCCGCGGCCGUAUCAAGUCGGCUGUUCAGUGUGAUCCGAUUCGAGAGUAUCAUCCACGAAUUCGAUCCCUGGUUCAACUUCAGAGCAACCAAAUAUCUCGUACAGCACGGAUUCUACAGCUUUUGGGACUGGUUUGAUGACCGAACAUGGCAUCCUCUCGGACGGGUCACUGGUGGAACACUCUACCCCGGAUUGAUGGUCACCAGUGGUGUCAUCUACCACAUCCUACGAUUUCUCACCUUUCCUGUCGAUAUUCGUAACAUAUGUGUACUUCUUGCACCAGGCUUCUCGGGGUUGACGGCACUGGCUGCGUACCUCCUUACAACAGAGAUGUCCACCUCUCCAUCGGCCGGUCUUCUUGCGGCUAUAUUCAUGGGUAUCGCACCUGGAUACAUCUCUCGAUCUGUCGCCGGUAGCUACGACAACGAAGCUAUUGCCAUCUUCCUGCUGGUAUUCACGUUCUACCUGUGGAUAAAGUCGGUGAAGGAGGGCUCUGCCCUUUGGGGUGCACUGACUGCACUCUUCUAUGGCUAUAUGGUAUCUGCGUGGGGAGGAUACGUGUUCAUCACAAAUCUGCUACCUCUGCACGCCUUUGUGUUGAUCUGUAUGGGCCGCUAUAGUGCGAGGCUGUACGUAAGCUACACAACCUGGUACGCCCUUGGGACAUUGGCUAGCAUGCAGAUUCCCUUCGUCGGCUUCCUGCCAAUCAGGAGUAGUGAACAUAUGGCCUCACUAGGCGUCUUUGGACUCCUCCAGAUCGUUGGCUUCGUGGAAUACAUUCGCAACCAACUGCCGAGCCGACAGUUCCAGACCCUUCUCAAAAGUCUCGUAGUGCUUAUCUUCGUCGUUGCGUUCGGUGGUCUUGUGCUCCUGACUGUGUCGGGUGUCAUCGCUCCUUGGUCCGGACGGUUCUACUCACUUUGGGAUACUGGCUAUGCCAAGAUACAUAUCCCAAUCAUUGCCUCAGUCUCGGAACAUCAACCCACAGCAUGGCCCGCGUUCUUCUUCGACCUCAACAUGCUUAUCUGGUUGUUCCCAGCUGGUGUAUACAUGAGCUUCCGCAGUCUGAAAGACGAGCAUGUCUUUAUUGUCAUUUAUGCUGUCAUGGCCAGUUACUUCUCAGGAGUGAUGGUCCGACUCAUGCUGACGUUGACACCCAUCGUGUGUGUAGCUGCCGCCAUCGCGCUCUCACAAAUCCUAGACGCUUAUCUCGUAAUUGAAACCCCCAAGAUCGAAGGCGCAAAGUCAAAUGGCGAGACCACAAAGUCAGCGGCGUCGACUGCGCCAACUCUGAUAUUGGACCCUCUGAGAUCUACUAGGUCUCCACUGGUCGGCAUUUAUUCGUAUAUCUCCAAGGCCACAGUGGUCGGGUUUGCAAGUGUCUAUCUAUUAUUGUUCGUCCUGCAUUGUACGUGGGUCACAUCAAAUGCGUAUUCUUCGCCAUCUGUUGUCCUUGCCAGCAGACUGCCUGAUGGCAGUCAGCACAUCAUCGACGACUACAGAGAAGCAUACUAUUGGCUCAGACAGAACACUCCCGACAAUGCUAAAAUAAUGUCAUGGUGGGAUUAUGGCUAUCAAAUUGGAGGCAUGGCGGACAGACCGACCCUUGUCGACAACAACACCUGGAACAACACUCACAUUGCUACAGUCGGCAAAGCCAUGAGUUCGCGUGAAGAAGUCAGCUACCCGAUCAUGCGCCAGCAUGAGGUUGAUUAUGUUCUGGUCGUUUUCGGUGGUCUAUUGGGCUACUCGGGAGAUGAUAUCAAUAAGUUCCUAUGGAUGGUUAGAAUCGCGGAGGGUAUAUGGCCAGAUGAAGUUAAAGAGCGCGACUUUUUUACUCCGCGUGGAGAGUACAAAGUUGACGAUGAAGCCUCGCCAACGAUGAAGAACAGUCUGAUGUACAAAAUGUCAUACCACAACUUUGGCAACUUGUUCCCUGCAGGACAAGGUACAGACCGAGUUCGAGGAACACGACUUCCCUCGGAGAAUCCCCAAUUGAACACGAUUGAGGAAGCUUUCACAAGUGAGAACUGGAUCAUCAGGAUCUACAAGGUCAAGCCCUUGGAUAAUUUUGGUCGAGAUCAUUUCAGCGCGACUGCCUUUGAAAAAGGUAACAAAAAGAAGCGUGCGAGCAAGCGAAAAGGUGCUCGAGUUCUAAGAGUAGAAUAGAGGGACAUUUAGUUGAGUAGUAGAUUUCAUUCACCUGAUAACAGAUAUCCGUAGGCCACGGAAGUAUCGAGAGGCAUUUGUGGUUUGCAGAAGUAACCCAAUUGUAGCAGACGAAAUAACCUAUGCGGGCCUGCUAAGGCUUCUCACACAAAAGCAUCCACUGUAAACUAAGAAGUCACUGUAAUUGUUUCUGGGUUCUGUCUGUUCUUGCUCCCGACCAAAAUUCUAUAUAGGUUGUCUUUAGAUGAGGUGGAUGUGGUGGUUUAAGUGUCUACGGUCUGGCAAAGUCGCACGUUCCUUCCGUGUCGUGCUGUUCAGCAUCCCGGUCCUUGGCCUUCACUGAUUCACUUCCGUUCUACACGACACAACGUCGCCAUCUUCGACAUCUUCAUUGUUGUUCCAUUCUGCUCGGUUUCCUUCACCCUAUUACGCGAUCGUCUCGCUUUCACU